AUGAAUGCCCGUGGUUGCUGUGCCAGUGCCCUGUAUACCCAUCUUCACAUUCCUCGGAUUGCUUCCUCGUUUCUCUCUUCCUCAUAUCUCGGAUUUCUCUCUUCCCUGGUCUCAAUCAACUUACCAUCCUCGUACGCCUCUUCUUCCUCUCCCUCUUCUGUAUCCUUCUCUUCCACCUCACCUUCCCCUUCUGCUCCCCUUCUCGUUGACUCCUUAUUCUUCUCCUCCGCCAGCCCGUGUCUAUCCCCUUCUGCUCCCCCAUCCGUAUACCCAUUCUUCUCAACAACCCCUCACAUCUUUGCUCAAGACCUCUCUCACAACUACCUCACAGGCCGCGCACUGAAGCUCCUUGCUGCGCGAACCCUAUAUCUCUCCAGCAACUUCCUCUCGGGCCCUCUGCCCGACGGGGCAUGCCAGCCUCACUCUUUUGAUGCCAACUGCUUCACGUUGCCGCUUGGCUGUGCCUUGGUGCCCCAGCGACAGGAGGCAGCAUGCAAUGCAUUCUGUGGCGUCUCCUCUGCUGCUGGUGCUGCUGCUGCUGCUGCGUGUGGAGGACAUGGGGUGUGCUAUCCAGAGGGGGCUAGCUUGGCACCCACAUGUCUGUGUGAUGCGGGAUUCGUGCAAUUUGGAGGGAUCACCUUUGUUGCUCAAGGCCAGAACAAAAACUACUCAAGCAGUCAAGCGGUUCUCCCACCAGCAUCUAUACUCACCAGGGGGGGGCAGCGCGAGACGAAGGGGAACUUCACCGCAGAGCCGGUGAAGUUGUUUGUGUACGAGGCAAACCAGGGACUGUCGCGGUGUGGGCUGCAGCUCGCCUUUCACGCCAACUUUACCUUCUCCCUCUUGCCUCGAUCUGGCCACGUGGGCUUCAACGGCUUAGCGUUUGUCAUCUCGGCAACGGACCAGGUGGGGAGUGGCGCUGGGGUGGGGUAUGGUGGAAUGGACACACGGAGCAUGGCGGUGGAGUUUGACACUCUGCAGAACAAGGAGCAUGGCGACAUGAGCAGCCACCAUGUCGGGCUGAACGUUCGAGGCGAAGACAGAUCGCUAGUCGCUGUGAGGUCACCCUUCCGUCUGAGCAACAGGAAGGCGUACACGGCGUGGGUGGACUAUGAGCCAGGAGACCCCGGCACCAUCCAGGUCUUCCUGGCUGACUCGCAGGAGAAGCCGCAGCAAGCGGUGCUGGAGUGGAGGCUGGCGCUGUGUGAGGUGCUGCAGGGUGCAGUUGAUCAGCCCGCCUUCUUCUUUGGCUUCGUGGCGUCCACCACUGUGAAGCCGUUUCAGCGGCACGUCAUUCUUGAAUCGACAGUGGAUACAGGCCUUCCUGCUUCUCCCCGAACAGUCACACGUAAUCCAGCGCAUCGUCGGCGCUCUAACCUAACACUCGUUUUCAUCAAUUCGUCACUCUCGUCACUUCUUCUCCUCGUCGGGCUGCCGCCCGUCGCCCUGCAGCUUCUCGUCGGGCCGCCGCUCGUCGCCCUGCAGCUUCUCUUCGGGCUGCCGCCCGUCGCUCUGCUGCUUCUCGUCGGGCCGCCGCCCGUCGCCCCGCAGCGUCAUCUUCGGGCUGCCGCCCGUCGCCCCGCAUCUGCACUCCUACCCCCAUCCCCCCUCUUUCCCGCAGAUGAACAGGUGCAGCAACGCAGCCGAGCAGCAGCGUAG